AUGUCAAAUGUGACGGUAACUGCAGAUGUCGUUCCGGACAUGACACUCAUAGUAGGGCCAAUUUAUCUGGGAGCCUUGAUGGGAUACCUGGUCUUCGGUAUCACUAUUGUGCAGUUGUACAUAUAUUAUGUCUCAUUUUCUAAGGAGAACUGGUGGCUUGUGUGUACAGUUUAUGGGGUAUUCUUGGCCGACCUCGUACAGAGUAUCGCUGUGGCUGCGACAGGUUGGCAUUCUGCUGUUUCAGGCUGGGGGCGUCAAGAGUACUUGGAGUUUCCCGGUUGGCCAUUGAUCAUCAUUCCCGGAGUAUCGAGUCUCGUGGCUGCGUGGGUGCAAGUAUUCUACGCCUGGCGUAUUCACCGCUUCGGGGCGUGGAAGAUCAUUCCCAUCACCAUCAUUUUUCUUGCAUUAGCGCAGACCUGCGCUGCGUGGGCUAUUGGGAUACAGUACGGGAUCAUGAAGACCGUCGAAUCACUCCAUCUCCCUACCAUGUUCGGACGCACCAUCAUUUGGCUCGGUGGCGGCUCGAUAGCGGACUUGCUCAUCAUGUGCUCCAUGGUCAAACUCCUUACGACCGCUCGAAAUGACGCGCAUAUUACCGGAAAGACCGAACUGCUCAUCAAUAAGCUCAUACGCCUGAGUGUCGAAACUGGUUUCGCCUGCGUUAUCACCGCGGUCACAGAGAUGAUCCUUUUCUUGGCCAUGCCAGACAAUAAUGUUCAUCUAUUUUUCUCCUUCUUAUUAAGCAAAGUGUACGGCGUUACCCUCAUGGUCAAUCUGAAUUCGCGCAGAACUAGGCUCUGGAACAGGACCGCGACGGACGACCCAAUCACAAUGCCAACAAGCGCUUUCUCCAUACCUGGUAUCGGUCAACCGGCGCAACAGACAGUGGUUCACGUAACGUCGGGUGUCGAGCAGACGUCUGACAGUCCCGAUGAUAUGCGAAAGGUACAGCCACAUGAUGACGAUGACCUCGAAAUGCACCCAACGCGGAAGUUCUCCCGCACGGAGAGCAUCAAGUUCACACAUCCAAUGCCUGAACCGUGA